AUGGCUCAGUUGUGUGAAAAGUGUGUGAAGUUGCUUCAGGACUUUGUGUCCCUUGUGAAGAGGAUGUCCUCAAGUCUGAUACAGAACAUUAAGGAGUAUUUGAUUCUGAUAAGUGAAUGCUCUUGCCUAAAACGAAAGACCUCUGAAGCCAGACAGCUAUACAAACCUGUCCUUCUGCCACACGAAAAGGAGAUGGCGCGAGAGUUUCUACAGCACAUUGAAACAGGUUUUGAAAUGUCACCAUUUGGAAAGGACUCCCUGGAAGCUCUGAGGACCUUAGCAUUUUCAGAAAACCCUGGUUUACAGCAGUCUGCUGCUCUGUAUUACUUGCAUAUGAGUCAGCACUUGAGCACCCAUCUGCCUGCUGAGCAUUUGGAAUCCUAUUAUGCUUUACUGCAGUCCAGUGACAUGGAGGUUCAGCAGAUGUCUUCCUUGUCCCUCGUAAAUUUUUUGCUGGAAGGAAACAUAAACAAAGAACAAGUUGUCCAAAUGGGUUUACUUGAGCCAAUUCUGGAGCUGCUCGAGUCAGGGGACUCCACUGUCCAGUGCAACUCCUGUGCCUGCAUAAUGACUUUGGCUGUCUCAGAGUCCAACCGAGAGGCCAUCGGCUCAGCGGGAGUUAUACCCUUGCUGGCACUUGCCAACUCCUAUGAUCCUAGAGUCCAACAAAAUGCAGUUGGAGCUAUUCUCAACCUCACACGAUCAGAGCGGAUCCAGCAAGUCCUGUGCAGGGAAGGAGCCCUCCCUGUCCUCAUCCUGAUGUUAGAAUCUCCUGACUCAGAAGUACAGUAUUAUAGUUGUGCAGCUUUAAGCAAUGUGGCAGCCAACUCUCAGUACCAUGAAGCCAUGUUGCGAGUUGGGGACCAAUUCCUUCUGCGGACACUCAUUUCUCUCCUGUUUUCAUCUGUGGACAAGGUUUCAAGCCAGGCAUGUGUUUGUCUGAGGAACUUGGCCACAAGUGUGAACAUUCAGGCUGACAUCAUUGCUAUGGACAUCCUGCCCAAGCUGCUGUCUCUCCUUGCAUCUAGCAAUUCAGAUGUUCAACAAGCUUCUAUUGCACUCCUCUGGAUAUUAUCCCAACACCCAGCCAACCAGGACGCUCUGAUGCAUGGAGAGGUGCUGCAGAACCUGGGGAUGCUCUUGUUAACUCACCCAACGGACCCAGGCAUUGUUGGUCACACUGCCUGUAUCAUCAAAAAUCUGAGCCUUUGCAAAACCAGACAGACCUGGCUGAAUCCCCUUUUAGUGCAUGGUCACCAUUCUGUUGUAAUGGAACCAACCUUUGGAUCCUAUCAGCUACCAAGCCAGCAGGAUAAAGUGAUGUCUCUGCUGAAAUGCCACCUGGAGGAAGUCCAGCUCUACCUCAUGAAUUUUCUCAGCCACCAAGAGAUUCGCUUUCAGCAGCUGGGUAUUUCUACGCUGGGCAAAUUACUGGAAGAUCCAGAAUUUUCAUCUGCAUUCAGCCAGAGUCAAUUGAUGGAGUAUCUUGAGCAAGUCCGUCAACAGACAGAAGAAACUCAGGAGCUCCUUAAAAUGGCUACCAGCCACAAAGGCAGUUAA